AUGGUGACGCUUAGCUGUGCUGUCGUCGGUGCCGCGGGUAGCGCAUUUCCUGUGGACAUUGACGAGAUAAAGUUGGUGGGCCACUUGAAGGACAUGAUCAAGGUAAAGAAGCCGAAUGACUUCAAGAAUAUCGACCCAGACAAGUUGCAGCUCUUCCUGGCGAAGACGGCGGACGGCGUGUGGCUUUCAUCCAAGGAUCCUGCUGUGGUUGCUUUGCAGAGUGGAGAUGUUCCCGACCAAUUGAAGACACUGCUGAUCAUGGAAAUGUACCCAGCAGACGAGAUUGGCGAAGUGUUUGAACGUGCUCCGACGAAGAAGACGAUUCACGUGCUGGUGGUGGUUCCAAAGGAUGAAAACGACCGCUCCGCAGCCAUGGCUCUCGGCAAGAAUCAAGAAGAAUACGAGAAGACGAGCACUCGAGACACCAACAAGAAGCGAAGGAACAGAGAUAUCGAUAGCUCGUUGCCGUAUUCAAGCCUGUCGUGGACUGAUCUUGAACCGAUUCUGUCAAUCGAGGACUUUAAUCUCGAAGCGAGUGCUGUUCCCCAAAAAGUUGUGGAAGAGCUACGUGAUCGGCUUAUGCAAGUAUGUAAACUGUAUGGGGAUGUUUACUCGGGAAAGGAAGGCAAGCAGGAUGUGGAAGGAAAGAACGUGCAUGUGCACGGUCGCUUCGAGUUUGUGUUGAAGCGUGGCAAGAAGCAUGUAUCCAUCGUCGAAGCAAAACGCGAUGAUUUCCGCAAGAAAUCUUGUGUCGUGGGGUUACACGCUAAACAUGAUCCAGUUGUCGAUCCAUUGCCUUCAAGACCAAGUUGCUCGACUGCAAAACUACAUGGAGCCCACGAGUUUCCUAGUGGCGAUGGAUUGAUGAUGCAACAAAAAAACCAUAAUGUAACCAUGCCAGACAAAAAAAUGCAAUAUUUCCCACUAUUCUGA